AUGGACGAGACCAACUACAAUCUGGAGGACGACGGGCUUGAUGCGGCCGCCAACAAAAAGUACACGUUUUUUGUGAUCGACGGCGGCGAAGCCAUGUUUGAGACUUCGAAGGCCGGCGAGGUUCCCGAGUUCAAACUCGCUCUCAAGGUCCCUUUUUCGGAUAUUUUCAAAAAAUAUAGGAAAGUAGAACAUAUUCGGUUAACCUCGGCGUUUAUCAUUCAAAAACGACACAGAACGAUUGAAAUUUGAUUGCAGUAAACAUUUUGGCGAAAUUUGACAAUUCUCAGCAGAAAAUUGCAAUUUGAAGCAAAAAUUCCAGUUUUUUAGACGUGUUUUGAGACUUUUCAACGAAAAUUCCGGAAAAUGUGGCUUUCAGUUGAUUCUGAACGAAAUGGUGCGAGUGUGCUGCUCGCGGAGCCUCAACAAUCACAUUGGAGUGAUAAUUGCGGGAACGGUGAGAGUGGGAAGUGCGCUCCAAUGACAAGCGAAUGUUCAGAAGAACUCGGAGACGGAAGGCCUCGAAAACAGCACUGUUCUGGUGCCGAUGGGCAUUUUGGGACAGGACGAGGUGAACACGAUCAAGGACAUCUGCGAGGAAGGUUCGGAUACUGUCUGAGAUUGAUUUGAGUGCAAUCGUCAUUGAUAGCACUACAUUUUUCCAGUUGACCACUUGUUUCUACGUCCAGGCACAAGAGUACUGUAGCUCUUGGAAGUUACGGCACUUGCAACGACUACAGUACCCUUGUGCGUGAAAAAAGUGAAGUACAGGGCGUGAAGUUUCUGCUUAGAACAGUAUUAGAGUGGUUUGACAUCUCGUGGACCUAGAAUAUCCGUUCAAAACUUUGAAAAUCCGCCCGCUCACGAGCAAUUGUCCGUUCAGACGUCCUGCUCUCCUCCGUGUUUUCCCUGACGGGCGGUCACCACCAAUCGGACAUCUCGAACGUGCUCAACUACUGCAAACGCGUCUUCUCGAGCUGUCCGAACACCCGCCACCAGUCGGUCAUCUACCUGACGAACAAUCGCAAUCCGUUCGGAAGGGACGACUUCUGGGACUCCUCCUAUUUUGUGGGGUGAAACCGCUCCAGUCGGACCAAUAUUGUAGUCUUCUAGAAACGAACCAAAACCGCCGUGACCAAAAUCAUCGGACUCGGGCAUCGCAAAACAUUGGGAGAGUUCUCGGUGAUCAUGCUGCCGGAGGACGGCUACAAACCCGCGAGCAAAGAGGACCGCAACACAGAGCCAUGGGUACGUUCACUUUUUCAUAGAAAACUACAAUAUCUGCUCUGAAAGGGUGUAGUUUUCUGUUGAGAAAUGAGUAAUUUCACUCAUUUUUCGUCCAUUUCCGAUUGCAGUUCCACCUGGAUCCGGAAGUGUUCACGACGGAAUGCGACGCGGCCGCCCGGAUCCGUCAGAAGAUCACCGCACAAAGAUCGCAUGCGAACCUGACUGUUCAGCUCGGUCCCGGCGUCACCUUCGACGUUUCUGUGUAAGAGUUUGAACAGGGCUCACAGCAAAAGGCGUCGACUGUUCAAGCACAAGAGAUGUGCUUGAAUUUGGAAGAGAAAGUGUGAAAAUAUAUGAAAACAGGGCGAGUACCUUCCAAGACUCUUGCAUUGCAGAUUCUCGUUGGUAAUGGAAGCCCGUCCGCUGGAUCGCAGUCACAAAUACACGCAGGACACGGAGCAGCGCAUCCUGAAGACGUCCGGAUACGUGACGAAGAAGACGAAGAAGGAAGUGGAGGAAGACGAGUUCACGGAGCCAUCGGAGGCGCUUCCCGAGACGGAUCAGAUCGAGAAGGCGUUGAGAAAGUGCAGUACGUCGAGAAAAGUCCGAAACUUGCAAAGAAUAACCCUAUUUCCUUUUAGAAAUAGAUAUAAUGAACUGCAAAACAGUGGAAUCGUACGCCCGUCGGGAUCUGAAAAAGUCGAUCACAAUCGGAGGGGAACAGAUCAUUCUGGACCGAGAGCAGUACGACGCAAUGACAGAAAUCGACUCGAAAGGCGUCGACGUUAUCGGAUUCGUGCCGCUCGACCGUGUGGACCAGGAAGUUUCCGUCAUUUCGCCCAAGAUCAUCCAGCCGAAUGAUCAGGUAGAUUCUGGGAGGGGAAAGUGCGCUCUACCGCACUUUACCGCAUUCUUCGCCAACUUUCCUUCAAAUAACCAAAAGAAUGCUUUCAGACGACGCUCGGCAGCAGCAGCAUCUACCGUGCCCUGCUCGACCGUUGCUGGGCCCGACAGCAAGCGAUCGUGUGCAAAUAUCAGAGCAGAUCGAAGCAGAAAAUGCGGAUUGUCGCGUUGAUUCCAUUCAAAAAGGACCUGACGCUGAUUGAGGAACAACCGAAGAUCGGCGAGGAUGGCGAGGAGGAGGAGGACAAGAAACCGGAUGUGGUAAACGAGGAGAACAAGGAAAAAUAUCAGAAACGUUGACCUUUCAGCUGCGCCUGGAGCAACAAAAAGCGCAAGCGGACUCUUCAGAAUGGCUGCACGAGGGAUUCAUGCUCGUCGGGCUUCCGUUCCGCGAAGAGCUCCGCGACGAUUUCCGUCGCUUCGAAGAGCAACAAACGAGUGUGCCGGAGGUGCGAACGGAGCACGUGGAAGUCAUGAAGCAGUUUGUGAAGCGGCUUACGAUGAGCUACAAUCCGAGCUUUUACGAAAACCCGCGAUUGCUGUCGGAACGCGCGGCGCUUUGUCUGGAAGCGACCGGAGAGGAACUGAUUGAGAGGAGGGAUACGUUGGGUUAGAGAUUGAAUAUUCGUUUGGAGGGAACUAAAUGUUCUGCUUCUACAGAACCCUAUUACCUGAUUCCGAAGCGACUGCAACGUGUCGGCGCGCAAAUCGAGCAGAUCGUCGAGAAAUUCGCGUUGACCGAAGAGGACAAGAAGCUGGAAGCGAAGGGAAGAAAGAGGAAGCCGGCGGGACCGGCGGACGGACAGCCCGCCGCCAAAUCAAUGGGUGUUCGCGAGUGUUUCGCGGCGGAUAAGGUUGGACGGAUUACUGUAGACGCCUGCGGCACACUGUACACUUUCAGAUGCUCGAAUUCAAGAAGGACGAACUGAUCGAGAUGGCUCUGGAGCAUUGUGAACCGCCGAAAGGAUUGAAGAGCAAAACGAAGGCAGAUAUUAUUAAAUUGAUCAAGAACUUUUUGGAUUUAAACCCCAACACUUCUUGGAAUGUGGUCCCCAAGUGA